AUGGAUUCCUUGGAAGACCAUCUAUUGAAUGACGAUCUAAUGACUGAUAUUUCGCAAGACCUACAACAGGAAGAAACAGCAAACAAAAACGAAAUCAACAACGAUGCUGGUGAGGGUGGUGAGGGUGGUGAUGGUGAUGAUUUCUUCCUGAACUUGAAUCAGUUCCAUCCCGUGACAUCAAACCAUUUUCAUGAUCAGAUUGUAGUGGGACAUCAAGAUGUUGAUGGAGACAAUAGAUACCCUGAGCAUUUAUUUCAAGAUAUUGAAAAUGAAGAGUAUGAUCGUGAUGAACAGGAUCCAUACAUAGAUGAAAACCAACUAUAUGCACACACAGGAUACGACUACGAACAGCAUGGACAGGAUGAUGUGCAAAACUACUAUAAUAAUGGAAUUGAGCACCAAGAACAUGAUAGCCAAGAACAUUAUGACGAUCAGGAUGAGCUGUUUUUUAAUCAAUUGGCAUCUGAAAAUGACAAAGAAAUGCCAUCACACUCAAAACUGCGAGAGGAAUUAAAUUUGAACCAGGACGAAGAAAAUUCAGACGAUUUCUUCAACCAAUUAGGAAGCGCUAAGGUGGAAGUAGCGAAAUCUAAAGAAGAAGAACAAGAAGUAAAAGAAGAAAAGGGAACUGAAAAUGAAAAUAGUUCUGAAAAUAAAGUGGAAAACAACGACUACAAUGAAGAAGAUACUGCGAAAGCUCAGAUCAAGGAUGAUAUAUUUUCACGAGACGAAGUGCAGUAUGAUCUGCAAGCAGAUGAUCAAUUCUUUAAUCAGUUCUCACAAGAAAACGAGGCUCAGCCUAAUUUAGCAGACGAAUCAGAAGAUGCAAACUUUUUUAAUCAAUUGGCUACGGAUGUAAAAGAGGUACCACGAGCUAGUAUCAACACAAUCGAGCACGAAGAAGUUGUUCCUGAGAUUGAAGAGAAUUUGCCCAAAAAUGAUAGCAUAAAUGAAAACUCUACUGAUAUGAAUUUUAGUCAGUCGCUAAAACUCGAACCAGACGAGCACUUGGAUCAGUUUUUUAAUAAACUCGAAGAAGAAAACGAGCAAACCAUGAGAGUAAAACCAAAAGACGAACAAAAUCAUCUUAAUGAAAAAGAGGAAAAAGAGGGAAAAGAGCACUCUAAUCUUUAUCAACCUCCACACGUGCCCUUGGAUGUUCAAGACAAAGAUUCCACAAGUAACCUGGAUUUAAUCAAAGAAACUGAAUUGGACUUGGAAGAGGAUAACUUUUUAAGUGAAGUAUCUAAAGAGUUACAGAAUGACAAAACAUUGCUUAAUCAAAGUGCAGCUGAUUCUGUUAUUGAAACUAAUGCGGAUACGCCAUUGCCAGAAGAUGCCGCUAAAAAGUCUAACAAAGAGUCCGUGUCUGAGCAAAAACCCAAAUCCAAUGAACACGGAAUGAAGAAUAUCGAGUUGGACUUGGAUUUGGAUUUGGAUUUGGAUUUGGAUGAUGACUUGCUUUUAGAUGAAGAGUUUCUCGAGGAAGCGGAAGUUCCAAAUCUUGUACAGAAUGAUGAGAAGCAACCAGUUAAGGAGCCAGUACGUCCCUCUUCUGUAAAGACCAACACAGGUACAAACACAAGUUCCAAAUAUGCACCAGCUCUGGCAUCUUCAACUGCUGCAGUACCUACUACUUCCAUGAAACCAGGUGUUGGACACAGUACCUAUAAUGCUACUCAAUCAGCUCCACUAAAACGUGCUGGUGCUAAUGUCAACAAUGUUUAUUCUCGUCAACCAUCUUCCGAAGCCAAAAAUCAACAAGAGUUCCUUAAAGAACUUGAAAAGAAAAAGGCUAAAUCAGAUGCAUUCGAUUUCCCAGAUUUGAUAGAAAAGCAACCUCCUCCGAGAAGAGCAGCACCUGUGAAAACAUUGCUGAAACAACAAACUAUAUCUCCCAUCCAGCAACCUUCAAAUCUCUCUCUGGCUGGUAUUGGUAUUGGUACUGGUGCUGGUACUGGUGCUGGUGCUAGCGCACCACCUCCACAAUCAAUAUCAAAAAAACCUACGCAACCUAAAAAGAACCCAUAUCAACCAAAAAGUGGAACCUCGCCAAUUUUCCAGCAGCAUAUACCAGUAGUAGGACACAGUGGAGUUGCAUUGCCCAAUGCAAAUCCCGUGGCUGGGGAUAUUAGAAAUAAUACAUUUUCUUUUCCGCCAACCUCUUCAACAUCGUCAUUACCACAUCAACUGCCAAGUACAUCGCAAGUCAAACCCAGAAACAUGUAUGAACCACCUCCACUUGCUGCUCAAGGGGGACCACCACCGCCACCACCGCCACCACCACCGACAACACAAGCAGCAGCAGCACAUCCACCGCAAUAUGCAUUCCCUCCGCUUGCACCUUCAACGCAAGUACCGGGUCAUAAUCAAGCACAAGGCUUGCCACAAAUAAAUACAAAGCAAGUUGGCAAAACAAUGCUGCCAGUUGGUAACAGCCCUUAUGUUCCGAAUGCUAGUGGUCCAUAUGCUCCUCUGUCACAACAACAUAGGACUCAUUCUAGAGCUGCCUCUCUAGUUGGUGGAAGAGGGAAGGAAGUCAAUCCUUAUGCCCCGGUAUUGACCACUGUCCAAAGUGGUGUAGGUGUGCAAUACUCUCCACUGACUCAACAAGCUGGUGCAGCACAGCAAUUAGGACUACCCCCAUUACCACAAGGUCAAGCACAGGUCCCUCCAAUGCCGCAGCAGUCUAUGAGCUCUGUAGUAGCACAAGCUCCUAUAGGACCAAUAGGUCCUAUUGUACCAGCACCCGGACAAGUAACACAACAACAACAGCACCAGCACCAGCACCAGCACCAGCAGCAAAAACAACAGCAAAAACAACAGCCAUUGCACCCAUCGCUGGCACAGGCGCUGCAAAUCAAGUCACAACCUCCUCAUAUUCAUGGUGUUAUUCCUCCCGGUCGUGUUCGUGGAUUUUCUAAUCCGCAAAGGAAUAUUUACAAACAAGCGCCAAAGAUUGUUAACCCCGAGCAAUUGGCAUUUAGACAAUUUCCUAUUUUCAAUUGGAGUAUUGGACAAAAUGUUGUUGUGGUGAAAACAAAUGUAACGUAUAAUGCACCAGUCAUUAGCAUUGAGCCAGUAACAAAUAUUUGUAAAGACAAAGAAAUCUACGCCAAUUUCCCAGGUCCCUUAGUCAAGUCAAAAUCGAAAAAAAAGGAAUUGAUUGCAUGGUUUGAAAUUUCGGCCCAAUACUUGCGUACCAAUGGAUACAAUGAUGAGCUACUCCUUAAUGAUGUAUUAUUAGAGCUAGUGAAGGCUGAUGGAGACUUGAAAUCACCAGAAUGUGUUAAACAAAUAUGUCUGCUCCUUAAUCCUAAUGUCAAUUUCAAAGUUCAAGACUUGCCAGUUGGUGGUAUUGGUGCUGCAAAUGGACACAAGUUAGACAACUCUGGUAUCAAUACUGUGUUUGCAUUGAUUCAAACUGGUGACAUGGCCAAGGCUUUGGAAUAUACGAUUUCAAGAGGCGAUUGGGCUUUGGGCUUGGUAAUCGCCAACUUUAGUGGUCCCGAGAGUUUUGCUCGUAUUGCCUCUGAAUAUGCAAGAAACACAUUCCCAUUUUCGAAGGCCAAUAACAAAGUCAUGCAUAUAAUGCCUAUAAUUUUGAAAGUUAUUGCAGGAAAUGUUCAAAGUGUGAUUCAAGAUUUGACAAUUGUUCAAAAUGAAGGUGAUUAUGCCAGCUUGCACUGGAAGGAGAUUGUUUCAACGGUUGCAAUUAGCGGGUCAUUGAAGGCCAAAGAAUUCUUGAUUGAAUUUGGUAAAUUUUUGAUCAACAGAAAUAAUCUCCUUGGUGGUGAGAUCUCAUUUAUCUUGGCUGGCUUGCCAUUUGGGCAACAAGGUUUCAUGGCAUUGACCUCGGGACAUCAUUCAAUGUAUACUCAAGUUUAUGAGGCUAUUUUGAACAUUAAUACUGCUUUGCAAUUCCCGCACUUACUCCCAAUCAAAUUGAAACAUGCUUCAACUUUGGCCGAUUACGGAUUGAUCAAUGAAUCGCAAAAGUAUAUUGACUCAUUGAAUUCCAACAUUAAAUCUUUGGGCAAUAAGUCUCCAUUUGUUAAUCAAAACUUGAUUCUGGAAUUUCAAAACCUCAUCACGAGACUACGUGAUCUAGGCUCUAGUGACCAAGGGGGAUGGUUUGGUGGCAAAAUGAGCAAAGUGAACCUCGACAAAGUUUGGGGCCAGAUUGACAAGUUCAUUGUUGGUGGUGGUGAAGAUACCAAUAAGCUGAAGAGUGGGGAUACUGGUGUAUUUAGCAAAUUCAGUCCGUCAAUUUCACGCACUUCUUCAACAUUGGAGUUUAGCACCAUGCCAUUUGCAUCACCUUCGAUGAAAGGACCAGAACAAUUUGAAAGAAGGACAUAUACAUCAAAUACAUCGUUUAUGCCACAACCUCAAUUGGACACACAUGCGUCGACAAAUUCGGUUUACAAGUACGCUCCAGGCAAUACUUUGGGAAAUAGACAAACGCAUGGUGCCGGAUCCGAAAGGUAUGCCCCCUUUGCAGGAAACAUGUCACAGCCGAAUCUCCACGAACCUCUGCAUCAUCAUCAUCAUCAACAACACCAACAACAACAACACCUGGUAUUUUUAAACCAGCUGCAGCAACAGGGUCAAAAUAAGGUUCAGUCGCCGCCACUGGCGUCAAAGGUAUACCCUUAUGGAAAUCCAAUAGGACAUUUGUCAAAUUCGUCAAUUGGCUCAAUACCACACCUGAACAUUGGCGCACCAAGCCAUUCUGGUGCCACGGGUACUGCUUCGGGUACUGCUACGGGUACUGCUGGUCUCAAUGCCACCAAAGCUCUUCCUGGACAUAAGCCUCAACAAUCAAUAUCGAGUGUUAUAUCCGGGGAAAGCAUAAUUUCAAAUACACCAGUAUCUGCUUCUCACCAAUCGCACCAAUCGCACCAAUCGCACCAGUUGCACCAGGAUGGUGAGAAAAUUUCUACCAUUCAGGAGUCGCCAGAGUUGUAUCCAAGUCAAAACUCGCAAAAGCAUCUGAAAUCACCAGUCACUGAGGUGCCAGAAAUCAAGGAACCAGAAGUGCAAGCUCCGCCACCUCCUAAGAUGGCUAAGGCCAAAUCUGCUCCGCCUCCUAGAAGUAAUCCAUAUGCUCCUACUGCUGGAGCAAAUGCACAAGCCAAACAAAGAAGAAACAAGUAUGGUCCUGUCGAUUUCAGUACUCCAUCGAAAGACACUACAAGUUCGAAGUAUGGGCCCACCAGUAGCCAAUCGAAUACUAGUAAAUAUCGCGCUGAAUUAGGUAAUGAUUUCAAGAGCAGUUUUCACCCACCACAAGAUGUCAAAAAUAACAAUACUUAUAAUGGUGAGAAUGUUGAUACUAAAACAGCACUUGCACCGCCAGUCAAGCACAAGGUGGAUUCUACUAAAGUUGAUGAAGAGCAAAUCGAUCGAGAAAGUCAAGAUGUGGGAGGUGUUCAGAAAAAUGAGCAUGAUUUUGAAACCAAUCAAGAGGCAAAUCUAGGUCCAAAUGCCGAAUCUUCACAGUUUGAUAUCUACGAUUAUCCAGGUAAUGAUUACAAACCCACGGCUUCUACGCCUCCCAGACGCAAGCCAACAAAGAAUGUUCCGCAUAUUGAAGAUAGCUUUGACAAUUCAGUAUUGGAAUCUCCGUCUAGUGGAAUUACUCCAGCUAGACCGUUGACUUUAAACCAAGGAGUGGCUAGCAAUUUUGAUCCGAUGAGAAGAAUGUCGAAUUUCUCCACUAUUUCAGCUGGCCAUCGUGUUCGUGAGCUUGAUGGAUACCCUAUUCCUGGAAGUCCCGAUGAAACCACUCGUGCGAAUUCAGUAUUUGGAGCUCCACCAGUUACUGCGGGAGCUGUUCAUGGCAUACCAGCGACUGUCAACUCUACUACGAACGCAGAUGCUGCUGCUGCUGCUGCUGCUGCUAGUGCUGCUACUGUUGCUGUUGCUUCUCAAGGUGGUACGGGCUACUUUUCUUCGAGACUUAGUCAAUCGCAACAAAGUGCAUUGUAUCAGCAAUACGAAGUUCAGGAUGAUACCGUUAGAGACUAUGUGCCUAUUGCCGAGGAAGACGAAGACGAUGAAGAUGAUUUGAAGAAGCAAAAGAAGCAAAAGAAGCAAGAAGAGGAGAAACGAGCCAAGGAGCAGAAGUUGAGAGAAGAGCAAGAGGCUAAGGAAUUGAAGAAGAAGCAACUGCGUUCGCAGAUGAGUGGCGAUGGUAGCAAAGAAGGGUGGUUCAAUGGAUGGCUUGGUAGUAAGAAUGAUGGUAAACCUAAGCCUAUACGUGCCAAGUUGGGAGAAAAAGUCAACCCGUUCUAUUACGAUGAAAAGCACAAGAGAUGGUUAGAUAGAACCAAGCCGAUUGAAGAGCAAUUGAAUGCAGGCAAAGCACCACCUCCGCCACCAAGUAUGAAGAAAAAACCUGGUGCAUCUGCAGCAGAUGGUGGAUUAUCGAGUCCACCUUCUACAGCUAGCGGCGUUACUCCUUCCAUCACGCCAUCUGGGCCUCCUAGACCAGCAGGAACACCUUUAUCGCGAAAUGGACAAGGUCCAAUUCCUCUGAGUGCUAAUGAAGCUUCUGAUUCCUCUGCACUGGCUCCGGUGUCUGGUGUUCCACCUGCACCUUCAACGCGUCCUGGUCAAAGACCAAAGACUAGUGGAGCUCCUGGUGCUGGUGCUGGUGCUGGUGCUAAAACAGCCCCAUCAUCAACGAACUUGGCCAAUGCAAGUCUUGAUGACCUUUUGUCGAUGAAUGAGAGUUCAAGCACAGUUGGUCGUAAACCUAGACGUGCAGGAAGAAGGAAUUACAUCAAUGUUUUGGACAAAUAG